CAUGGCAUCAGCACUCAGGCCGUCAAGGGCUCUCUUCAACGAGGCAAAGAACUACGCCUCCCCUCACCAAUACCACUACGUCGAGGGCAAGACUCCCUUCUGGCGCGCCUUCCGCAACAAGUUCUCCGUCAACCCAGAGAUCAGCAGCGGUCUCCCCACGCCGCAAGACCACCGCAACCCGCCGCCUGGCAACAGGCCGGAGAGGGCCGCUACCACCCCCUCAAGGGCAAGCGACAUUGCGUCGAACCUCUACUACAACCGCGACUUCCGACGCAAAUAUCAGCAGCUGGAGAUGAUCAACCAACAGACCCUCACUCAGCUUCUCCUCGCAUCGCCAAACGAGGACGGUACCAAGAGUCUGGCAGCCCCUGGCGAUGAGUCCUCCACCCCUUCCUCUGGCACGAUGGCUCUCACUGCCCCGGCGGACCUCUCAUCCCCCUCAGCCUUCACCAACGUCCUCGCACAGGUUCACAAGCAGGGCAACGAGCUGUCCUACUCUGAGAGCAAGCUCCCCCCUACGCCGCCUUUCCAGCGACCGCAGCACAUCUUGAAGAUUCAGAAGGAUGCGAUUCCGCAUGACAAGCAUGCGUACUUUGAUGUUGAGAAUUACGCUUAGAUCUAUGAGACGGGACCAGGGCCGAUGAAGAGCUGCGGCUCGAAGCCGGGGCGGCUCAGCGUGUACGCCCACUCGAUCAAUGCAAGCCCCUUCUUGAAAACAAGAGAGUGAAGGAGCCUGAAGGAGCGCAGAACAUGGCAUCGGCGCGCAGAGAAUCAUUGCGAUUUUCGAUUUGGCUGUCCAAACGAUACAGUACAGAAUAGACGUGCGCUGCCGAGCAGAGCGAGCGCAGAACGAGGAGCCGAUCGAUGAAUGAAUGCGAUGUAAGAUUCC